GCCGGCCCGCGCCAUUUUCCCCAACUGAAAACUAGCUGAAAGCUGCGAAACUUGACAGGUAACAUUCAUGGAGGGACCUUCUGAAAGCGAAUCAAUGGGCGUCAAAGCCCUAGUCUCUGCCUACUCGAAUCGGCUAUGGAAUCGAUUUCUCGGUUUCUUUCCCUCCGACGCGAAUUUUCUCGGGAAAAUUUCGACUUUCUACUCACGUACUAAUCGCGCCACAUCUCGCAGACGCCGAACCUGUCUCCCUCUCCCGUUGCCUUCCAAUUCUCUCGAUGCUUCUAUGGUUACGACGGAGGCGUCAAGAGUGUUUGAUGUCUUGGAGGACAUUUUGGAAAACAUUUUUAUGAAUUUGCAUGACAUCCAAAAGAAUUUACUAUUUUGGCAGUCUAGAGCAGAGGGUUCAAAUGCUCAAAAAGUAUACUUUAUGAUAUUUGAGAGAGGGCCUUGGGCUUUUAUUGAUGGAAUGCUGCAAUUAAUACGUGAAUGUGUUGUUAAGGGUUCUUCCCUACAUCUCUACCAUUCAGCAUCCGCUCAAAUAUCUGAGAGGAUAUCUAUCUUAACUAGCUUAAGAUAUUCACUUGCAACAUUUUUGGCACAGGUUUACAUGGAAGUUGAUAAAUUUGGGGAGGAAUUACUCAAGGAUCCAGAGAAGUCAUUGUUUGCAUUAAUGGUUACUAUUAAUGGUUUAUUUUCCGAAUUGGAGGUGGCAGUUGGUCAGCCACAUGCAAUGUGCCGGAGUGAUUUUUCUGUUGGUGGGAGCUAUUCAUUUGUUCUACAGUUUGAGAAAUUGCCGGAAGUAAACCAGGAAGGAUCCCAAUGGAAAGAUUGUGAGAUUAGAGAUGCAAUCAACUUGAUUUACCAAAAUUUACACAAGCUUGACACUUAUUUGUCUAUCCUUGUCACCAAAUACCGAAAGCCAAGGAAAGUAACUUUAUAUUGGUUCCGUUACACGUGCGGGGCUGUUGGUCUCUCUGUCUGUUCAAUGUGGCUCUUACGUCACAGCAGCUUAAUGGGAAGUUCUGAUAUUAACAAUUGGAUUCACGAAGCAAAAGACUCAACAGUUAGCUUUUGGAAUGACCACGUGGAGCAACCGCUUUUGUCCAUUAGAGAUGAACUUUUUGAGACAUUCAGGAAGAGGGACAAAGGGGUGAUGGAGCUUGAAGAAGUGCAGUUAACAGCUAAUUCUUUGCACAGAAUGUUGUUGGCUUUCAGUGAGCAGACAAAAGGUCAAAAAUUUCCAGAGAAUGCAUCAGACCAGGAAAUGCUUGAAAUUGUUAUGGCCAGGUAUGAAAAGGAAGUUAUGCAUCCAAUUCAGAAUCUUGUAGGAGGGGAGCUAGUUCGUGCUUUGCUCAUUCAGAUUCAGAAGCUAAAACUUGAUAUUGAGACGGCUAUGCUUGAACUGGACCAAAUUCUAAAAGCCAAUGAAAUCAACUUUGCCAUUCUGGCUGCAUUGCCGGCUUUCUUUCUCUCUCUUAUCUUGCUUAUGUUAGUACGUGCCUGGUUUAAACAGGAUACCAGAGCAGAGGGUAGAGGAAGGAUUGCUCGGCUCCAAAGGAGGCUGCUUAUUGUGGAGGUUGAGAGAAGGAUUAUGCAGUACCAAGCUUGUGUUGAUCAGGGACUGGAAAAGGAUGCUCAGUGCAUGUUUGGUUUAGUUUUAUAUAGUCUUGAUCGCCUAUACAGUGCUGUGGAGAGGCAUGCCAAAGCAACUGGCGAAUGGCUAUGUUUGAGGCAGGAUAUUAUUGAUUUGGGAAAGCCAGGCCUUCAAUCGGCACAUAAGCUCAUUGUGACAGCACGAAUGGAGCGCGUGUAUGACUGCUUGCUUCCAUCAUCAAGACGCCAAUAGCUUCCCCUCGUUUUUCUUUUGUUUUCUCACUUGAACUUUUGAAGGCGGCCUUAAUAAUUCUGCAUAUAAUUUUUUUGUUUUUAACCAUCCAAGGAUUUGAGGAAAGCCACCGAUUUUUGUACCAGAAACUACUGUUGUAAUGGGCUUGCCUCCAUAGCAAGUGCAAUGCAUAAAAAUUGCGAAACAUAGGAAUACAGAAAAAGCUUUCCCUGUAUGGAUGGCUUUAUGUUGGCAAGGACUUAUUCUUUUAAAUUUUCAGGUUCCUUUUCUAGGUUAAAA